AUGGCGUCCAACCUCUACAAAUACUCUCCCUCAGGGGCAGCCGCCAUGAUUUUCCUCAUCGGGUUCAUUGUUGGAGGCGCGUGGCACGCCUUUAUCAUCGUUCGCAAGCGAUCUUGGUACUUUACACCUAUGCUCAUCGGUUGCAUCUUGGAACUAGUUGGCUAUCUUGCCCGCUUUCUAUCAUCAAGUUCCCCCACCAACAUGGCCUUCUUCAUGAUCCAGACCCUCUGCCUCCUCGUCGCACCCGCCCUCUUCGCCGCCUCGAUCUACAUGGUACUCGGGCGUCUUGUUCUCUACCUCCGCUGCGAGUCCCUCUCUCCGAUCCGACCGUCGCGUCUCACAAAGAUAUUCGUUGUUGGCGACGUCCUCUCUUUCCUGGUACAGAUCAUGGGUGCCGGCUUGUUGGCGAGCAGCAGCUCCAUGAACACGGGCAAAACGGUCAUUCUGCUGGGUUUGGCGGUCCAGAUCAUCUUCUUCGCGCUUUUCGUUUCUGCAACGGCUGUUUUCCACAAGAGGCUGUUGAAACAGGUGCCCCCCGUUGUACUUGAAGAGGAGGCCUAUGAAGGGUUGAAGAGAUUUUACAGCGGUUGGAGGGGCGUUUUGACAGUGCUGUACAUUGCCAGUGGACUCAUCUUCGUGCGGUCGCUUUUCAGGCUUGUUGAGUACGUGCAGGGACACGAUGGGGUGUUGCUCAACACCGAAGUCUACCUGUACAUCUUCGACGCGCUGUUGAUGCUUGGCGUCGUGGCUGUCACAGCGAUAUUCCACCCCGCCAAGUAUGUCCCAAGCAAGAAAAGCCUCUCGAGUAUGCAGGACAUGGACAUGGAGUAA